GAGAAUGCCCAGAACCUGCUCUUCCUGGAGAGAGCUAAGUUACCAGUGUCUCUCCAUCGUCCUCCCUUCCUUAUCCCAUGCCCAGGACUUCCAGCUCCCAGAGAAGGUUUGAGCUACCAUUUUGGACAAGGGGAAGCACUGUGGAUGUUGGAGCAAGAAGAUCCCAGAACCUCCUGUCCAGAUGGAGAGACCCAGCUUGAAGUCAGGGAGAUUGCUUCAGAUCCAAGCAUUUCUGUGGAAGAAUCACCACAGCCAAGAUUCAUGAUUGAGAAAAAACAAGAGAGUCACUGCGAAUUUAAUGAAGAUGGAAAGAGUUUCAGACAAAGUUCAGUCCUAAUUCCUUGUGAAAAAAGGACCUCUGGGAAUGGCUGUUUACAAGAUCAUAAAUAUAGAGAAAGCUUAAUUGGACAGGUAGGGCUUAUUGAGUCUCAUGGGAAGCCUCCAGAAGUGCAAACUUAUCAAUAUAAUGAAUGUGAGAUGCCCUUCAACUUGAAUUCAGAGCUAAUUAGACAUCAGAAAAGUGAUCCCAGAGAAAUGCUUUAUACAUGUAAUGAGGGUGAGAAGGCCUUCACUCAGAAUUCAAAGCUCAUUGACUACCAGAAAAUUGAAAAUGGAAACACUGUAGAGAAAUCAUAUCCUUGCAGUCAGUGUGGUAAGGCUUUCACAGAGAAGAGAAGUCUUGCUUCACAUCAGAGAGUCCACUCUGGUGUUAAACGUUAUGGAUGUAAUCAAUGUGGAAAGACUUUUAAAUAUGGUUCUGAUCUUGAUAAACAUCAGAGAAUCCACACUGGAGAAAAACCUUAUGAAUGUAUUCAUUGUGGAAAGACUUUCACACAGAGUUCCCAUCUUUUUGUCCAUUGGAGAAUCCAUACUGGAGAGAAACCUUAUGAAUGUAACCAAUGUGGAGAGACUUUUAGAUGUGGUUCUUUUCUUGAAAAACAUCAGAGAAUCCACAGUGGAGAAAAACCUUAUAAAUGCGUUCAGUGUGGAGAGACUUUCACACAGAGUUCUAGUCUGUCUCUACAUCAAAGUGUCCACGCUGGAGAGGAAACUUAUUACUGUAGUCAAUGUGGAGAGAUUUUCAGACAGCGCACUAGUCUUGCUGAACACCAGAGAAUCCACACUGGAGAGAGACCCUAUGAAUGUAGUCUUUGUGGAAAGUCCUUCACACAGAGUUCCAGUCUUUUUCUCCAUCAGAGAAUCCACACUGGAGAAGAAUUUUAUGAGUGUAACCUAUGUGGAAAGGCUUUUAGAUAUAGUUCUUGGCUUGAUAAACAUCAGAGAAUUCACACUGGAGAAAGACCUUAUAAAUGUAUUGAGUGUGGAAAGACUUUCACACAGAGUUACAAUCUCUCUGUACAUCAGAGAAUCCACACUGGAGAGAGACCUUAUUACUGUCAAUGUGGAAAGAGUUUCAGACAGAGGUCUGCUCUUGAUAAUCAUCAGAGAAUGCACACUGGAGAAAAACCUUAUAAAUGUUGUCAAUGUGGAGAGACUUUCAGACAUCGUUUUAGUCUCGCUCAUCAUCAGAGAAGUCACGCUGGAGACAAACUUUAA